GAUUCUGAUCGUGUUUCCUAGACGUUGAAGGUUCUGUCGUGUGAAUUACUUAUUCGAGGAUCUUCGGGCAGUGACUCAUCCUCACUCACCCACACCCGACGUGAUUAAAUCUCCGUGCAUGCCUUUCCCUGGACCUUUUGCGCGUUUCGUGUCGAAGCGGGAAGGAACAUACGCGCACCGCCCAGUUGAAUUGCGAUCAGCUCAGACACAGAACGGUCAGUUACUGUGGCACGCUGAUGCUCCAUGUUCCUUCCACUGCCCAUGGGAAGUUUCCAAGACACGCGAAGGAGUCACUCGUCUACACCGGUAGCUCGAAUUGUGUCUUCAGUUUUCAGGGCAACUUGGCUCUCGUCCUUGGCUCUUGUACCUUGUUUGUCGUUUCUAGGCACCUUCGUUCCCGACGCUGUGCAUGAGGUGUACGUCCACAGCAGCGCCGCUGUCCUCCCAGCUCUGCAGUUCUACGGACAGUCACAAAUUUCCAUGGUUCGUCCUGCCUUCCUAGACACACACAAACGCAUCCUUUCGUCGUUUUUCCACAAAUUCUCCAUCCGUGCUCCUUCGCAGUAUUUUGUUCCGACCGGGAAGCCGUCCAGUUCCUUGGCAUCUAACUGUGGCCCAUCCGUGCCGGCUGUACUUUGCUCGGUCCUGCCUUCCAUAUCUGGCCGCCUCGCGUGUGAAACGGAAGUUCCUAGUGCUCUAUCAACGUGGGAAAACCAACUGCCUAGCGGGCAACGCACUGAACGGGGGUUUACUGCGGCGACAUAUUCGUCAGCUCCAUUCGCUCAGCAGUUCUGCACUCGCUUGCGGAUGAACCCGCGCAUUUCUACGCUCUGUGGAAAAAGAGACGCAAUGGCUGCAACCAACACUAUCGAAAGCGGAACUACCCGCUGCGAGAAGAAACCGAAGAUCGUUUUCGUUCUGGGUGGCCCAGGCGCAGGCAAGGGAACUCAAUGCGAGUUGCUAACAAAGCACCACCGGGUGUUCCAUAUUUCGGCGGGCGACUGUUUGCGAGAGGAACGCCAGCGUCCCAACAGCAAGGAUGGCGAAUUGAUUCAGGAAUGCAUCCGCGAAGGUCGCAUUGUACCUGUGGAGAUCACUCUGACGCUGCUUCUGAAAAAGAUGCUGGCACGAGGCUGGUCAGAGGUCUUCCUGAUCGACGGUUUUCCGCGCAAUCAGGACAAUCUCGAUGGCUGGUUGUCCUUCACGAAGCGGGAGAAUCUAAUGACAAAACUAGAACAGAUCAGCACUACAAAUCCGGAGCUCGCUCCUCAGUGCAAGCAAGUUCUCGAGCAGCUUCAAGCCGAGGGAAAGACCGCGGCUGAUGGAGCUGCGAACGCUUCCCAAGCCAACGGCGCUUGUGCUGACAGUGACAGUGGCGUCGAGAUCUGUUUCUGUUUGUUUCUGGACUGCUCGGAGGAAACGAUGGAGGCGCGGUUGCUGGAGCGUGGGAAGCAUAGCGGGCGUGCCGACGACAACGCGGCAGCAAUCAAGAAGAGAUUUAGAACGUACAAAGAAGAGACGAUGCCCAUUGUUCAGUAUUUUGAAAAGCAAAACAAGGUCAAGGCGAUCGAUGCGGGGCAAACCGUCGAGCAGGUGUGGAGUCGCGUCGAUCAGCUUUUCAAGAAUCUGUGA